AUGGAGCCGUUUCGCGAGGCCGUCGGAUCCUUUAUUUAUGCUGUCACCUGUACUCGACCCGACAUCACUUUUGCUGUCAGUCAAGUCUCACAGUUCUCAAGUUCUCCGACUCAGGUGCAUUGGGAAGCCGCCAAGCGUAUCUUCUCAUAUUUAAAUGGGACCGCAAGUCACGGAAUUGUUUUCGGAAGCUCUGACUCUCGGAACGAACUUGUUGCCUACACUGAUGCUGAUUUCGCCUCGAACUUAGAUGACAGACGCUCGACUACUGGAAUCAUCCUGAUGUUAAUUGGAGGCCCUUUAAGCUGGAAGAGUGAACGACAGAAAUGUGUUUCCUUGUCAACUACCGAGUCCGAGUAUGUGGCAGCCGCCACAGCCUCAAAGGAAGUAGUGUGGAUGAGACGCCUUCUCCAAGAUUUUUGUUUCCAAGAAUCUACGCCAACUACCCUGUUUUUUGACAACCAGUCUUCAAUUAAACUAGUCAAGAAUGCGGAAUUUCAUCAACGCACAAAGCAUAUCGACGUGAAGUUUCAUUUCAUCCGAGCUUUGCAAGAGGAACGAGUCAUUGACGUCACCUACAUCAGUACAGAUAUGCAGCUUGCCGAUAUCCUGACAAAGGCUUUGCCAGGACCAAGAUUUGUAAAGCUGAGAGAAGAAAUCAAUAUUGUUACUUGUACUUGUUAA